AGUAUGAAGCAGAACAGCCUCAAUUUCCAGAUGUUCCUGAAUCAAAACGUGGAUCUGUGCCUUUGGAAGCAGGAAUAUUGCAGCCAUUACAUAUGGAACAAUUUUAUUCAGCACCUGCAGCUGAUACUGUUGUCCAACAGUCACUUCCCAUACCCGAGGCAGCCCCCUUUCCAGAGCCACCUGAUCCAAAAACAUGUUCUCCUCGAGGAUACUUAAAGUAUUACAUAUUUCCAGUACUCUUACCCGGAAUGGCUGAACUUCUGCAUCGAGCCAAGAAGGAAAAGUUAGAAUAGACAAAAAGGACCAAAUUUAUUGCCUGUGAUUUCCUAACUGAGUGGUUAUACAACAAGAACCCAAAGAGGAAAGAUGAGUCAUUCACAGAAUUCUUUUCCAUUCCUUUUGUUAACGACUGGCUAAAGGACCAUCCUAGGCCACCAAUUCCUCUGUCUCUUCUUCUAUCAGAAGAAGAAGCAAGCAUAGUAAUUCAGUCCUUCUGGAGAGGUUAUCGGGUCCGCUGUGAUAGUGGGAUACAAGAGCUACGUCAGUGGCAAAAGCAGUUGAGAGAGGACAAAAACAUUAUUAAGAGAGUGAAAGAAUUCUGGACUAAGCAGGAAGCCAAAGAUGGAGGUGAGAAGACGUCGUUCAGCUAUGUUGUUCAUGUUGAAGAGAGGGAAAAUUAUGUUGUACCAGUCACCAUUGUGUGGUCCUUCAGUCUGAUGGCACUGUCGCAGAUGUGUUCUCCGAUGGCCUAUCUUUGCCCAGAACUACGUAAGAGCAUUCAGGGUGCAGUUUCACACAGUCAAUUGGAUCGAACUGAAAGCUGCCGAAAGGGUUGA